CUGACUCGUUUUGUUCCUACCAUUGAAACUCUUGUGGUUAUAUUGGGUCUUCCUUUAAACAUUAUGGCCAUCCUUAUGUUUGUGAUAAAGACAAAGCGUAAGAAGCCAGGUGUCAUCUACAUGCUCAACCUGGCUUCUGCUGACGUUGUCCAUGCGGGUGUGCUGCCUUUUAAAAUUUUCUAUUUUUCUAGAAGAAACUGGGCCUUUGGACCUGGAAUGUGUCAUUUUGCCACCACGACCUUCUUCUGCAACAUGUAUUGCUCCAUACUGCUGUUGACGGCGAUCAGCAUUGAUCGCUUCCUGGCAGUGGUGUACCCGAUGCAAUCUCUGUCGUGGCGUACUCUAAGGCGUGCCUCUGUGGUAUGCGUUGCCGUCUGGCUGAUAGCCAUAGCUGGGGUGAUACCUCUGUUUACCAUUGAGCUAAUGCAUCACAUACCUCAGCUAAACAUCACUACCUGUUUUGAUGUGCCAGCUUUUUCUCUUUACAUGAAGAGAUUUCACUAUUACCUUUUAAUAUUGCAUAUUUUCUUCUUUUUUGUUCCAUUAUUAAUCUCCACCUCCUGUUAUGUGUGCAUUAUAAGGAAGCUUUCCUCAUUCAAUGGAGCUGCACAGCCAGGGAAGAAGCGGCGCUCUAUCCUCUUGUCAGCAGCUGUCUUGUGUUCCUUUAUUGUUUGCUUUGGUCCAACAUGCAUCCUGUCGCUGGUGCAAGGUGUUUGGCCAACUCAACAGUGGGAGAAUCUGUAUGUUGCUCACGUCUUGUGCCUCUGUAUCGGUACCAUCAACUGCUGCAUUGACCCCUUGAUUUUUUAUUAUGCCUCUUCAGAAUGUCAAAAACAGGUCUGGAAUCUCCUGUGCCAAAGAAAGCAUUCCGUUCUUGUCAAAGAUCUUUGGAUAACAAGCAGCAAUAGAUCUGCUAGAGGCUUGGAUCAUUCGUCUCAAGCAUAG